CACGUUUCAAUCAGACGGACCGCAGCGUUACCCGAGCCUCAACUGCAACCGCCUCAAUCUGCUUCCGAGUGCGUUAAUGCUUGCUGCUGUCACUGACACUGAAUUGCCAAGUGACACCAAGUGUAUCCGUAUCUGCUUGAUCAUGUCGAUGGAGGAUGCGGUCCUCGUCUGUUUCUUUGCAAGCCUAUUCAUCACUUCUUGGGCCGUACUGAAUGGCUGGAUUGCUCGAGCACGUGCUAGGCGAUUCGAGGAAUGGUCGGAGCAUUGGUCCAGCACGCUGGAUUGACCCCGUCGGCCUCGACCAAGCUAAUCUGACGGCUGCGAUGGUAUGUAUGGAACAGCAUAAAGUUCGUCAAGGGUUAAAAGUGAACUUCCUUAAUGGCAAGCUGAAAGCUGCCUUGGGUUCUUCGAAACAUUGGCUAGAUUGGCCAUCCGCAUGGACAACCGGGUUUCCUUGCGCAGGUGUCGCCUUCUCGAGUCAGGCAGCUCGGACCUUUUCCCCUCCCACGCAUUCUGUGACGUCGAGCAUCUGCCGGCUGAUGGCGACUUCUGUCUCUGGCUGGACAAUCAUGUCGCGGUUUCCUGCUGUAGUAAACGGCUCGACGGGAAGGACUCAUUGUACUAGGUUGGGGGCCUUUCCAAGGUUCCAGGCUCGAAACUUCGUUGUCCUACCUAUUGUAUGUACAUGUGUUUUGAGACCAGCCGAUUCUCUUCCCAGAGAUAGCCAAGCUCCAAACACUCCAAAACAUAGGGUGGAUAAAUCUUCUCUAGCUUCUCAAGAUUUAGGUGCACGCUCAAAACGUCCAAGAUCACUGUCACUUCAGCCUUAUCUGAAGUCGAGUCAUCCUAGAAAUGGUCCGCUUGCUGAUCCGCCCGUCAGGCAGGCCGGGCCAGGCACUGCGGCCCUGCGAGGUGGACAGAGCUUACCCCUGGAGGUUGGAGUCAUUGGUCAUUCAGUGGGGACGUAAAAAGAGACUGGUGUUUAUAAUAUUAAGUGCAUACUUCAUUCGUUGGCAUCUCCUGUGCCGACGGUUAUCGCCUGUCGACUCACCGGCCUCGAUGCCUAGUGAAUUCGAUGAGCAUUGGGCAAAGGUGUGCGGGUUUUUACCGUUUUGUCCUGGUAGGCAAAAUGCCCAACGCCGGAAGAGAUCUAGCCAAGCUUCAUCUCUUCUGUCUGCCCUGCAGAUCAGACAUCCUUCCGAGCUGCUUCGAUGGCGAUCUAUCCAAGUUCCGACCGCUGUAGAGUCAAGAUGUAGUCGGUACACCUCAUGCCGCCUCAUGGAGCGCAUUUGUCGCUCUUCAUGCCGUCCACUCAAUGAAACAGCUGCUGCACCAAUCAGACUCGAGCUGGGAAAUG